GAGCCGAGUGUCAGCUGGACGAGGUUCUGCUGGUGUUCGGUGUGGUCCGGUGGCACAGGAUGCUGACUCUGUGAGCCGCGCGGUGCGCUGGCGCACACGCGUCUGUCCGCUUCUCCAGCAGGUCCAACACAGUUCGUAUCCAGUGGGUUCGGUCCGGUUUGCUGGGAUGUCUGCCUCCCCUGUCAUCUGUCUGUCUGCCGUGCUGCUGGGGGGGCUGCUGACAUGGGCCCAAACAGAGAUGAAGAGGGUUGUUGGAGACAACACCACGCUGCCCUGCCACCAUCGGUUGUGGGUGGGGGAUGACCCCACUCUGGAUAUUGAAUGGCUGCUGCUGAAGCCAACCAGCAGAAAGAGAGUAGUGAUAACCUACUUUGCUGGCCGGGUUUUUGACCCCAGUGAAGCCGACCGUGGGCGAGUAGCUUUCGCCGGAGAGUUCUUAAAAGGCGACGCCUCCCUGUUGAUCAAAGACUUGUCACUGACUGAUGCAGGAGAGUACAGCUGCAAAGUCAAGACGGGUUCUCAGUACCACUGGAGCACCAUCAGUCUCAUAGUUCUGGUAAAGCCAUCCAGACCACGUUGCUGGAUGGAGGGAAACCUCUCAGAGGGUGGUGAUGUUAAGAUGAGCUGCAAGUCCGCUGAUGGGUCUGAACCCAUCCUCUACAGAUGGGAGAGGGUAGUGGAAAAUGGCAGGUAUGCUAGCAGGCUACCUCUACUGGCUCAUAUAGACUGGAAAAAACCAGAAACUGUGACCCUGAGGAAUCUGACCAAAGACAACAGUGGAGUGUACAGAUGUACAACCAGCAAUGAUGUUGGAGAAGAGACCUGCACCCUGGAUGUUAAGAUACGCUAUGUGAGGGGAAUGAGUGUGGUAGCUGGUGCAGUUGUCGCUGUGUCCUCCGGUGUCCUUCUCAUCAUCCUCACUAUCUGGAUGGUCAUCCGCAAAAAGGAGAUAGAGAAAUAUGAAGAAGAAGAAACUCCAAACGAAAUCAGGGAGGAUGCAGAAGCGCCCAAAGCCAAACUGAUGAAGCCCAGUUCCUCAUCCUCAUCCCGUUCUGGAAGCUCCCGCUCAGGUUCCUCCUCCACCCGGUCCAUGGUGAACAACAUCAGAACGUUCAGCCAGCAGUCCUGUGUUUCGGCUGUCAUGGAAGACUGCCCUGGUUCCACAUUUCCUCAGCCUGGAUGCAAUCCGGCGGUUGUGUCCAGUUCUACAGCAGCUUCCUCGUUUGCCUCUAACUCCAAACCCAGCCCCCCUCCUGAGUUAAGCCAUGGGAAUGUCACCCACUCAGGAGCCCAAACCUGUCAGUGAUCCAGAUACUGUAUCAUACCUGAAAUGUAGGGAGUGUUUUUUCUCCAGUGUUGUUUAUUUAAUGGAGGGAUUUCUGAGGAAACAGAAGGAAAGGACAUACACCAAUGCUGUGAACUGAAGCUGGAUAAGAUGACGAGGCGGUGCAUGCAAACUUCACUCUCUUUGGUGUAAUUAAAUUGUUUUAUAAAAGGAGAGGACUGCUUGUGUCUGCUGCAGUGUGUUUUAAUGUCUUUAAAUUGUUUCCAGUGAGGGUUGGACUCUGCCAAGGCCGCCCUUUGUCACAGAUUCUGUGUUUGAGUUGGAUCUGAUUUUUACAGAUUUCUGCAUUUAUUUUAACCUUUUGUCCCCUGAGCACGGCCUGGCCAACAUGGCAGCAUGAACACAGACAAGAGGAGGUUACACAUUAAACAAUAUCUAACAAUAUACAAAAAACACACUUUAAAACAUUAAAUCAAUAUUAAUGACACCUGUUUGUUUGCAGCAAACC